AACAAAAAAACUUUAUUGUAGACGAGAGAGAAAAAAAAAUUUGCUCGCAUUGAACUUUUGAUAAUUUCCAUUCAGAAAAAUGUCGAAGUUACCGCAACUUCUCGGCUUGGACAAAGUAUGUCGACUUUGGGAAAUAAUUCGUUUCAACGGUGGCAUCCGAAACAGUUUGUUCAAAUUGUACAGGUUCGAUGAUUUGAAAAUUGGAACAUUGGUCGGCACGGAUAAAUAUGGAAAUAGAUACUUUGAAAACAAUUUCUAUUUCUAUGGACGUAAUCGAUGGGUUGAAUAUGCACCACACGUUCAUAUGCAAUAUGAUGCCUCGCAAAUUCCACCAGAAUGGUUCGGUUGGAUGCACUAUAAAACUGACCGCAUUCCAAGUGAAGAUCCACAUCGGCCACAAUACAAAUGGAUGUCGGACCACUCGGAAAAUCUCUCCGGCACACCAGAUCAAUAUAUGCCAUAUUCAACGGUGAAACCAAAAAUCGAAGCGUGGCAACCACCAAAAAAGUAAACAACAAUCGUAAUUGAAAAAAUCAAAUCGUAGUUUUUUUGUCAAAAGCUAUAUUUCUUGUUUAUUAACAAUAAAUGCAUCAAACAAAGAA